AUGAAGUUUUCUAAAACAUGUAUUGUUAUUUUAAUUUGUGUUUUUAUUGUUGGGGAGUCAAAUGAAUUUUACAUUAGAGAUUGUUCUUCCCAGUAUAUAAACAAUGGUUACUAUCAUCAAUUUCAAGGAGGAUAUUACAAACUACAUACUACUCCACAAUGCUGGAACAAUGCUAGAUCAAUUUGUGAUGCAGAAGGUGCACAUUUGGCAAUAAUAAAUUCACAAUCGGAAGCUAACUUCUUAGUAAAUCUUAUGAAUCCAUAUUCUUCUCAAUACAAUAAUGGAUUAUUAAUUGGAGGACAACCAAAUGGUCUGUUUGGCCAAAAUUGUGGAUCAAUGUCUGGCAGUGGACUACUAAACGUUGUUCCUUGUUCGAUGCCAUCAAUAUUCGCAUGCGAGGUUACGAAAUCCACCACAUGUGAAAACGUUGCAAGAAUUCAAUUUUUGCCGCCAAUGCUCCAGUGUAACGCAUUUAUACCUGCUCCAUUACCUGUUGAAAAUAUUUGUUUCUUUUGUUAAUUAUAUUGUUACGUAACUCAAAUGGUCCAGGGAAGAUGCUGCCACCACCAUUCUUAAUAUUUUAUAACGAAAGACUUGGAGAAUCGUUGAGGAUGAAUACGAAGUCUACCAAAAUAAAAACUGAUAUACUGCUAUUGAUAUUUCGUAUGAUUUUUAUUAAUUCGAUAUGUUAGAAUAUAUUAUACAAAGUUAUCACUGGUAUUGAAAUUUGCUUUAGUGUUUUAACGAUGUCACAAUCGA